AUGGAUUUGAGAAAUCUCUCGAGUACGCCGAACCAGUUGGAUUCGGUUAUGCAGCGUCGUCCUUCGUUGUCGUCAUUGUCGUCGGCAUCAGGGUACGCUUCGUCGAAUUACGGUGGAAAUACCACACCCCAAAUCAGUAAGCUGAGGAUGUCGCAGGGCAGGAACUUUGGGAAUGGAAAUAGUAAUUCGAGCACCAAUUUACAAUCAGCAUGGUUGAAUCAGGGCCCAAUUUCGUCGGGGUCUAAUCAGCCGCUGAACCCGUCUAAUCAGCAUGUUGUUAACACAGUUGGUCCUUGGGUUGAACAACAACAGGCACAACAGCAAGCGGGAGUCGCCUCAUUGAGCGGGCUUGAUAACAAAGUUAUCCCGCUGAACUUGAAUGACAAGAAUUCGAGCAGUAUUAAUGAUAAUGAUAAUGAUAAUGAAGUUAAACAAAAUGCAGCUAAUGACAAUAACGAUGAUGAUGAUGACAUUGAUGAUGAUGAUGAAUUGAUUCCAACUGCUAUCGUUAUUAAAAAUAUUCCAUUUGCAAUCAAGAAAGAACAAUUAUUAGAUGUGAUGACCAAAUUGAACUUACCGUUGCCAUAUGCUUUCAAUUAUCAUUUUGAUAAUGGCGUUUUCAGAGGUUUAGCGUUUGCCAAUUUCACUCUGACCGAUGAAACGUCCUCAGUAGUUGGCCUCUUGAACGGUAGAGAAAUUGGGGGUAGAAAAUUACGUGUGGAAUAUAAGAAGAUGUUACCUGCGCAAGAAAGGGAGAGGAUUGAACGUGAAAAGAGAGAGAAGAGGGGACAAUUAGAAGAACAACACCGCUCGACUUCCAAUGCAUCGUUAGCUUCUUUAUUAUCUGCAGCAUCAACUACUGCUGCUACCAAGAACUUGAGCGUCAAUGGAACCUCCAACAAUCAAACUGAGAGAUUAUUUAUUACAUUUCCAAGCACUAAUGGAAACUUACCAUUACCGCCUUCAGAGUUGAACUUUAAUGACCCUGAAAUUUUAGAAUUAUAUGCUCAGUUGAUUCUUUAUCGUGAUGAUGUGUCUAAAUCCAUUUUCGAGUUAGCUUUUCCGUCAUCUUUGAGUAUAGCUCAUAGAAAGAUUUUGUCUAUAUUAUGUUCAUACUUGAACUUAUUAGAGCUUUAUGACAACGGAUUAAUCAUAAUCAGAAGAAAGCAAGGUCAGCAACCUGUUCACUUAACUCAACAAUCAUCGGCACCUCACCAUUCUUCUUCGAUGAUGAAUUUGAACCAAUUACAGGGAGUUGUAUCCAACCCUCCAAAUGGAGUAGCUCCAGCGGCGCAUCCUGAAUUAUUAAGAUCACAGUCGCAAUCUGCGUUACAGAUGCCGAGAUUAAGACAACAGUCAUCGACGCCUAUCCAACAGAAUUUCCCACAGUAUCAGCAGCAACCUCAAGUGCAACAACAAUCUCAACUCUCGCAUCCUCAAGGUAGUAGUUCGCAAUCACAAUUACAGCAACUGCAACAAUCGCAAUCGCUGCAACAAUCGCAAAGACCUUUGUAUUCGUCAAAUAUUUCUCAGGUUCAGCCUUAUAAUAUGUUUCAACAACCACCUGCGGGCCAUGGUCAAAGCCAGCAAGUUGCAACACCAACUAUGGGUUCAUCUAGUGCGGCUGCCUUAUUGAGAUCUUCUAAUAACAGAUCUUAUGUUGACGUCAGAUCAACACCGCCUUUAUCUACUACGUUUUCCCAACAACCUCAAUCCGGUAAUGAAUCUCCUACCCCCCAACAUUAUCACUUUGGAAAUACUAAUGCAAAUCAUCAAAUCAGUCAGCCAACAACACCAUUGGCUAACACAGAUAUCAACUCAAGAUUUGCGCCAUUCGGCCAACAUGCCCACUUGACUGGAAGUUUUUCAUCAUUACACAACUCCACCAAUAAUGCAUCCCAAGGUCCCUCGAACCCUCAAGCAUCUCAACAAAAUGAAGAAUUCGCUGACUCUGAGGUCUUUGCCAAUAAAUUCAACUCCAUCAAUUUGUCUGGCAAUAACUACGAGAAUUCAAACACGUCCAAUUCGGGGAUUUGGGGCCCAAAAUAA